CCUUCCGUUAACAGUACGUCUCAAUAAAACCUUGUUGCCGAAGCUUCACUUUCACUAGAAAAAAAAAAACGUCUCUUCUACAGUUCAUUCUCUCCUUGCAACGUCCUCACAGUUUCAUACUGAAAAAAGUACGAUGAAGAAGAUGACGGAAGAAGAGGAAACUAAUCGAAAAAUGAUAUGCGACGAAGCAAUAACAAAGGCGAGUAAGAUCAUGGUGCAAGAAACAAAGUUCAGUACGGAAGAACGUAUUAAAUAUCAUCUAGCUGCCUAUGAACUCUUAUCUUCUGGAUCAAAGGAUGUUUGGAAAUGGCUUGAUGAAAGAUUUAAGCAGGCAAUGGAACAAACUAUUCUUCUUAUUGUUUAUCCCUCUUUAGAUGACAAAAGAGAAGCCCCUUUGCUGAGGGAACUUACCGCGAUGUUGUCAAAGUAUAGGUUGAUGACAAGUUGGCUUUGCAUAUUUUUUGAGUAUCUUGACCGCCGUUUUUCCUUUGGCGACAUGAAGGUUUCACUUAAAUUCGUCUCCCACAAAUACUUCCAGGAUUUGGUUAUCACGGGUUUAUAUCCUAAAUUUCGGGCAGCUGCAAUAUUAUUGAUUAAUCAAGGGCGCACUGGAUUUUAUAUUGAUUGUGACCUGCUGAAGAAUGUUCUUCUUGUUUUCAUGGAAUUCUACACGGAUAAAGGAGUACAGUGUUAUGAAGAUUUUGAGAUGGCAAUGCUUGAAGAAACUGCUACUUACUACUCUCAGUGUGCUCAAAAUUGGCUUAUGUGCGAUUCAACAGACGAGUACAUUCGAAAGGUUUCCUGGUGCUUGAGCCAAGAGAAAGGAAGAGUUGCUGACUACAUGGCCUGUGGCACUGAACCGAAGUUAAUGGAGGUUGUCAAAUGCCAAUUGCUGGAUAAUAUGAUGGACAAACUAAUUGAAAAGAAGAAGGCUGAGGACUGUGGCGUAAAAACAGCUUUUCAGGAAAUGUUGUCACAAUAUGGUGGACUGGCUCUUAACGAGCGAAGCUCCGAAUCAACAGUAGCUGACUGGUUAUCUGCAUACUGGCAAAAUCAACUCGGAUAACAUGAGUUUCAUACAAGGGGUUGAUUGAAUUUUUUUACUGAGAUAUAUUCUUCUAUAUCCUAACAUAGCCUUUCAUUAGAAAAACUGAACAUAUUUUUUGUCCCUCGAGUCUAGGUGUACAUUUUCAUAGGUCCUGGCUAUUGUAUUGUUAAAUGUUACGUAGGUAGCAUCAGAUAACAUGAUUGAUAAUAUACAUUCAAUACAGUCUAACCUCAUCCUAAAGGUACCUAUAGUAUUUUUUUUUAUGAAACUCCUUACUAUUAGUUUUUAA